CAAAGAAGACCAUUACAACAUCUUACACCUAUAUGUAGACACAACAACUUAUAAGAGGAAUCGUUCCAUUCCCCCUCAACAUAUUGCAAUAACACCCAAACCAAAACAACGCCACCCACUCCUCCGCCACACACCGCCAUGCCGUCCGAGAACCACGACGACUGCGAUAAGCGCCGACUACGUAUUCCACGAUCCGGCUCUAACUGUCAAUUCCCAUCGUCCGAACAUCGUAGAAGGAGCCAAUAUGAUUUGAACAACAAGAUCAUGCUCACAGCAAUCAUUUCGCUAUCCGUUGUGGUUGUGGUGGUCAUCGUGCUCCACAUAUACGCGAGAUACGUCCUCCGUCGCCAGGCCCGCCAGAGAGCCGCGAUUCGGCUGGGGCUGAUCGUUUCUCAGGUGGAGCCGCCCAAGACAGGGCUCGACCCAGUCGUCAUCGCCUCUCUGCCGGUAUUCUCCUUCAAGAGAACGGAAACCGGCGAUGAGAGAGAAGGGGAAGCAGAGUGUGCGGUUUGUCUGAGCAUGUUAGAAGACGAUGAAAUGGCUAGGCUUCUGCCAAACUGCAAGCACACUUUCCAUGCGGAGUGCAUUGAUAAGUGGCUUGGUUCCCAAUCGACAUGUCCCAUUUGUCGGACAGAGGCGGAGCCGAGGGUGGUGCCGGAGCUCCCUGAACUGCCGCUAGAAGGCGGUGGCGCUCCACCUACUGCACCACCCGUUGCUCCGCCUCCAGAGGAUGCCAACUCCACAUUGGGAAGCGUGGAAGGGACGUCAUCAGAUGGUGGGAUACAACCAACACAAUCCUCGGCCAAAGUGAACGGAUCGAUCUCAAGGUUGAGUUCUUUUCGGAGGAUUCUUAGCAGGGAAAGGUCGUCCCCACGAACUCAAUCUAGUGGACUGGAAGAAGAUAUUGAGAGACAGUGAUUUUGGGUAGAAAGAGUUUCAUUAAUCAGUUACCGAGGCAGCUACCAUUGUUCCUUCUCUCAAUUUCUAUAUGACUUUUGUAUUUGCUUGUUAUAAUUACACGAGAAACAUAGAUGAAAUUAUCGACUCGAUCGAGUCGCCGGCCGGUGAGAGGAUUUAUUCGGAGACGGUUUGGUUCGGCCUAUGAUUAUAUUGUUCAAAGCCUGAGAUUCUGUACGUUAGGAAUUCUAUUUGUUUACCAGUCAUAUUGUCAUAAGGAAAGACUUUAGGUAUUUGGCUACCUAAGGUGCGUGUGAUUGUGAAUACAUGAUAGGGACAGGUGAACUAAA